AUGGCGUCUCGUAUCCCUUCAGAUCUUCUCUAUGAAAUCUUUUCACGACUACCCAUCAAGUCACUUUUCCGAUUCAGGUGCGUCUCUUCUCUAUGGCGCAGCAUCAUCGACGAUCCAUGCCUCGCUUAUAUGCAGCAAACCCGAUGUGCUGAAGAACCUAACGUUUUAGUUUUCCACCAUCCCGGCAAGACAACGGACGUAAUAUUUAGCCCGGAAGGGAGACUCUCAGAGGCUAGUUUGCGUAGUUUUUCAAAGUUUGUAACUUUGAAAGGCUAUAAUCUACAGUGCAUCUGUAAUGGGCUGUCUUGCUUCACAAAAAGUAGUCAUGGUAACGAAAGCAUCGUAGUUUUGUUUAACCCUAUUAGGAAACAAGUCGUAUCCCUGCAGCCAACACCAGCAGCAUAUCCAUCUCGGCGGCCUUCUCCUACACAAAAUGGCCUGACAUACUACGGGUUAGGCUUUGAUUGUUCAAAAAACACGUACAAGAUCGUUCGAGUGUUUGAUGAUGAAUCCAACAGUACUGCUUUUCAUGGUGAAGUAUUCACACUUGGUACGAACUCAUGGAGAGCCAUUCCCAAAGACCCUCCUUGUCGUUUAUUUGGAUUGCCUGUAUUUGCAUCUGGAAAUCUUCAUUGGCUUGCUUACCCUAGUGAUCAUGAUCAUGUAGAUGAACAAGGUCAUCAUCAUCGAGUAGGCUCUAAGAUUGUUUCGUUUGAUAUUUCCAAGGAAGAAUUUGGCUUGAUUUAUCCACCUAAAUUUAGGUGGCCGGGUUGUUUGCUUGAUCUAAAUGGAAAUUUGGCUAUUGUUGUCGUUGAUUGCUCGAUGCUCAGGCCGCCGCACAUCGAUAUUUGGGUAUUGAAGGAAUACGAAAGGAAAGAUCAAUGGGUCAAAGAGUACGAUAUUGAUCUAAAACCAGCAAGAACCUGUUUUUUCUUCAAUAGACUUGCAGCCAUUUUAGAGCUAGUGGAAUUUGACCGAGUGCUCCUAUUGAGGUGCCCUGGGAGGUUAUUUUUUUGUGAUCUAAAGACUGGUAGGGUAAGGCAGUUCUCUAUUCCAAAGCUCUGUUUUGGGACAGAGGCCCUUUGUCACAAGGGCAGCAUAUUAUCAAUUUCUGGGUUUCAGAAAAAUUAG